UUAAUAAUAUUUUUGUUUUGUUUUUCUUACCGAUUGCGAAACUUAUAUUCCUAAACAAUUAACAAAAUAUAAAAGUAAUAUGUCAAUUAUUACAAUAAUUUUACAAGUAAAUAUAUAAAAAAUGAGUUUAGAAUUGAGUACAAAUGACACUCGACCGAUAUGUGAAGGUUGUUUAAGCGUGGAUCGUAAUUUAACACCAAUUUGUGAUGAUGAAAGUCGAAGUGUUUACACGUAUAUGCUUGAUCAAAUGGAACACAUAAACCAUGGUGUGCUGUUAUGCUGGGAAUGUACGGCCACCAUGCGAAGAAUUCUUAACUUCAGGCAACAAGUACAAACUGCACGGAAUCAUCUCAUCAGAUAUAUGCUGCAAGAAAUAAUACUAUCACCGCUCACUCAAUUGUCCAUAAAAAACAAUAAAACCACAUAUGAUCAUGUAUACACACACACAGACACGAAAGACGAAUACACACAAAACACUAAUAAAUACAUAGAUCUAACAAAUAACUCUCACACGACCAAAAACUCAGUGCACUAUUCUGCGAAAACAAAAAACUCAGUAGGCGAUACGGGAUGCGACCAAAACUCAGUUGGCGAUUCUGUGAAAACAAAAAACUCAGUAGGCGAUGCGGGAUGCGCCCAAAACUCAGUGCAGUGCUCGUGCAGUCAGUGCUCGUUGUCAUUUCUGAAGAUAGAGAAACAGGAUGAGUUUGUGGAUGUGGAAGGAAUCUUUGUUGAUGAAAAUUUCGAUGGUAACAGUGAAAAUUAUAUGGAGACAAUACUAAAGUCAGACUCUUUCGCAUAUGAAGAAACAGAGAAGAAACCUAAAAAGUCAAGGAAAACCAGACGGAAAGCUAACAAGGACGAGUUCAAUGAGUCAGACGACGAACCUUUGAAGAAGAAGGCAGAAGAUAAGGAGUACAAACCGAGGGGACGAAGGAAAAAGAGAGAUUUAGAUGGUGAAGAGACAAUAGACAGACGUAAGAAUCCUCGUCCGAAGCGAGAGAAGCCGGCGGGUGUUAUUAGUAACGCGAGGGUCGCCUCCAAGUUGCAGCAGCUCAACGUGCCGAGUGGACAGCUGGAGAUGGUGCUCCUUUCUUGGGAAGAGGUGGAGGCGGAGCGCCAGCGGGCUCUUACCUCGAUAGUGUUCACGAGACACGAGUACAGGUGUUACGACUGCGUACUCGGGUUCAAUCACAGGAUCAAACUGGAGAAUCAUAUGAAGAAACACGACCCCUCAGCGGGCGAGUUAGUAUGUUCAGUUUGCCGCGUGCAUUGUCGAGACGCGCACGCACUCUGUGCGCACCGACGGCGACACAGACUCCGGUGGCGCUGCGUGGUGUGCGGCGGCGCGUGGUCGCGGGCGGGCGUCGCGGCCGACCACCACGCGCGGCACCACGCACACACCCCGCCCGCACACACCUGCAGCCACUGCGGACACCACGCCCCAUCGUUAGGAAAACUACGAAAUCAUAUGAAGAAUCACGCUGAGAGACAGAAAUGUGAAUUGUGCGAGAAAACGUUCAGAGACCGCGCCUCACUGCGGACACACCUAUUUAUACAUCGCGGUGAGAAGGAAUACGCGUGCCCGCAGUGCGGGAAGCUGUUCCUCUUCAAGAAGGCGAUGGAAGUACAUCUGAUCACGCACCAAGCAUCCGCCCACCUCUACUGCUAUCAGUGCGACAUGAACUUCAAGAACGCGAUGUCGUACUACCAGCACGUGCGGUACAGCGCGCGGCACGUGUCGGCGGCUCGGCUGCGGCACGUGUGCGACACGUGCGGCGCCGCCUUCACACGCGCCGCCGCCCUCCGCCUGCACCGCGCCCGGCACGCCCCGCGCCCCCCGCACCGCGCCCCGCGCCCCCCGCACCACGCCUGCGCCGCGCCCGGCUGCCGGCACACGAGUUCGUCGCGUGCGGCACUGCGUGCACACGUGCGCGCGUGUCACGGCGGGGAACGAACCAGGAACCACGUGUGCCACGCCUGCGGGAAGGCCUACACCACCAAGAAGACGCUGGAGGGCCAUAUGAGGAGUCACACGGGCGAGAGACCUUUCCACUGCACGCUCUGUCCAUCCACCUUCGGGUACGAGGCAGCCCUCUACAACCACAAUAAACUGGUGCAUCUGAAGAUCAAGAGUGGUCGCGGGCGGUCGGCCACAGUGCCUCAGCCUCCACAGCCGUCACAGCCCGCGGAGCCCCCGGAGCCCCGGCCUCAUUCGCCGCCCCCCACCUAG